AUGCGACUCCACAAAGCUGGUGAAGGCCUUCUGAAGACGCACGUCACCUGGGAUGACGUCAUGACGCAGAUUCAGAAGGAUCUUGGCACGUCUUCCGUUUUUGGCGAUGGGAAAACGGUCACCGAUCUUGGGGAUAUGAAGGUUUUUUUUUUGUUGGAGAUAAAAGGGACGUCAUAUGACCGCGACGCGUAGUGGAUGCGUCGCGGUCGAAUGACGUCAUAGUUGAUUCAAUAUUAAACUUUAAUGUUAGAAUUCGUUUCACUUUCCUUCGAAUCUGGUUGUUAAGUGAUAGAAAUUUACAAGUCGAUGUAUUUUAAUGACGUCACUCGACCGCGACGCGUGUGAGAUGCGUCGCGGUCGGGUGACGUCAUAAUUUGUUUUUUUGUCAGAAUUCGCUUCGCUUCAAUUUCAAUUCGAACUACCAAGUGAUAAAAAGUUUGAAGGUUACAUCAUCAUAAAUGACGUCACUCGACCGCGUCGCGUGUGGGAUGCGUCGCGGUUGAUUGACGUCAUUUUUAUUUUUAAAAAUAAAAAAGAAACUUUUUUUUGUGGUAGUUUUUCGCUAUACAUUCCUCACUACUCUGAAGUUUUUGCCAAAAUUCGAUAUUUUCAUUUGAUGACGUCAUUAAUGACUGACCGCGAUGCAUCCCACACGCGUCGCGGUCCAAUGACGUCAUUUUUCAAUUAAGUUUUUUUGUGCGAUAUUUUAUCACUAUAUAUCUAUUUUCGUUGUGAAAUUUAUGCCAAAUUUUUCAUGUUUUUUAUUUUAUUUUUUUCUGAUGACGUCAUCUAACCGCGACGCUUCCUGUACGCGUCGCGGUCGAAUGACGUAAUUUUUUUUUUUUUGAAUUUAAGGCUUUUUUUUGCAUGGUUUUUCAUCAUUAUAUACCUCUUACUGUUAUGAAAUCCAUGUAAAUUAAUAUAAAUUACUCUCGAUGACGUCAUUCGACCGCGACGCGUGUGGGCUGCGUCACGGCUGUGUCAUUCCUCCUUGAAAAUCUUUCUGACGUCAUCAAAAACUGUAGAUUCUUUAAGUUAGGAUUUUUGAGUCGUUAUGAAAAUUUUACUGGAGUUCUAGGGGACGUCAUUUGGAUUUAAAUGACGUCGCUAAAUAUAAACUCAGGGAGCCAUGUCUGUCAUCGGCUUGCUCGUGGCCGACUGGCAGGGCGAGGAUGCUCAAAAACUUCCCUCGAAAUUUGUUGUCAAGGUUAUGACGUCAUUUUAAUAUUCAUGACGUCAUGAUUUUCAGAUCGGCUCCCAACUGGCAUUCGCCAAAAGAUACGAUAGCGCAACGGCCACGGAUUUUGAGAAACAGCAAAACGAUGUUAGGUGUCAAAGAAUGACGCGGUUUUUCCAUGAGGUGGGUCAUUCUUGGAACUGUCUGACCUUUCUGCGCUCUCUUUUCUCUCGUCGGGCGAGGUCAUAGAGGCGGAAAGAGCAUGUGAACUUGAGAGAGCGCAGAGAAAUCAAAGGUUUUUUGGGGGACUUCAUAGUCCAUUCGAAAUUUUCUGACCUUUCUGCGCUCUCUUUUCUCUCACCGCCGAGGUCAGAGAGACGUGAAAAUAGCAUGUAACCACGAGAGAGCGCAGAGAAAUCGAACUCCAUCCGUCACAAAUAAAACUCUCUGACUUCUCUGCGCUCUCUUAUCUCUCGUUAACGCUCUUGUUUUUUAGAACAAUUUUCACUCUCUGCGCAGAGAAAAGAGAGCGCAGACAGGUCAGAAUUCUCAAAUUGAACUACAUUUUCAGUACCACGAUUGCGAAGUCGAAAUGUACAAUUUAUUUGAAAAAUAUGAUCAUCCAAACCUUUCAGUUCCUAAGGUUUUCCAUUGAUUUAUCGAUUUAUUGAUUUAUUGAUUUUUUCAGAUCUACACGGCGAAGAACUACGAUUCCAUAGAUGAUAUGAAAGCGUUCAUUGUUAUGGAAUAUAUUGAAAACUUGGUGUCCGUUGGAGCGCAUGAGCCGAUUUCCGUCCAGGACCUGAUGCCGGUUAGCUUUGGGGGCGACUCGGCUAUGCGACGCGGCUAAAAUUUCAAUUUCUAAACAUGAAAUGAGCAACUUUGCUGCAGAAGGAAACCUUGGGAGCCGAAAUUUCGUCAAGUGUUUUGAAAAUCAUUGUGACUCGGCUGUGCGCGACGCGGCUAAAAUUUCAAUUUUUAAAAGUGAAUUCAGCAAACUCAACAACAGAAGAAGACUUUUGGAACCAAAACUCCGUCUAAAACUCGAAGAAAAGUUUGGUGACUCGGCUAAGCGACUCGGCUGUGCGACGCGGCUAAAAUUCCAAUUUUUAAAAUGAAACCUGCAACUUCUCAACAGAAAAAGACUUUGAGAGCCGAAAUUUUUUACGGAACUCAAAAAUUUUUUGUGACUCGGCUAUGCGACUUAGCUGUGCGACGCGGCUAAAAUUCCAAUUUUUGUAAAUAAAAUAAGCAACUUGGCUACAGAAGAACACAUUGGGAAUUAAAAUUCCGUCCAGUAUUUUGAAAAUCGUUGCCACUCGGCUGUGCGACUCGGCUAAGCGACUCGGCUAAGCGACCUGGCUAAGCGACUCGGCUAUGCGACUCGGCUGUGCGACGCGGCUGUAAUUAGAAUUUUCGAACAGCAUCUCGGCAACAGAAGAACCGGAAUUCCGUUUAAUAUUUUGCAAAUCUUUGUGACUCGGCUAAGCGACUCGGCUAAAAGAUGAAAAUCCGAAAUAUAUCGUUUAUAGCAAUGUUUUAAGCCUAACUUUUCACGAAAUUUACUAAUUUCGCUUUUUUUUAUCAGGUAGUUCGUGGCGUGACUGCUCUACAAGCCUUCGGGGAGAAGUUGAGUUCCGAAAAUCGGCGGAAAAUUCGAAAUCACGACUUUGUUGGCCGGAUUUUCAACGAGUUUCUUGACCAGGAUGUAAGCUUUAAAAAAUCAAUAUCUCAAACUCAAUUUUUAGAUCAUCCUACACACAAAAAGGACAUUGGAAAAGUGGCUGCCAGAAAAACUUGCCGAGAAAGUUUCCGGUGUUCUUGACGUCUAUACGGAUCCCAAGUUCUUUGUGAAAUUGAAAAAUCUGCCGGAGUAUCUUGGAAUCAAGCCUGUUCUCGUGCACAGCGACCUCUGGAGCAUGAACAUGCUCUGGGAGAGGAGAAGUGGAGAAGGAUUUGACCUGAGGGCGAUUAUCGAUUGGCAGGUGAGCUUUCUUAGUCCCUAAGGGGGCAACUUCAAGGAUAGUUGAAGGCUUCCCUCUAGGGACUUCUUCAUCUACCCCUAUAGAGGGGCCAAUAUUGCAAAAGUGGCCCCUGUAGGGGUCAAUGCUGUGAACUUAUUAGAAGAAGCUUUCCCAUGCGACUUGAUCGAGUUUUAUUGAACACAUAUUUUAUUUAGAGUUUUGGAGUUUUAGUGGCCACUUAAGUGGCUAGACAUUAGUGGUCUCUUUAGGGUUUUGGAGUUUUAGUGGCCACUUUAGUAGUCGCUUAAGUGGCUCUUAUGGUGGUUAGAUAAGUGGUCACUUUAGGGUUUUAUCGUUUUAGUGACCCCUAUAGCAGUAGAAUAGGUGGUCACUGAAGCGGCUAGAAAAUAGUGGCCUCUUUAGGGUUUUUAACGUUCAGUGGCCGCUGUAGUAGUAGAGUAGGUGAUCACUAAGGUGGCAAAAAAUUAGUGGUCACUUCAGGGUUUUGGCGUUUUAGGAGCCACUGUAGUAGUAGAAUAGGUGCUCACUCAAGCGGCUAGAAGUUAGUCGUACCUUCAGGGUUUUGGCGUUUAGUGGCCACUGUAGUAGCCGAAUUAGUGGCCUCUUAAGCGGCUAGAAAUUAAUGGUCUCUUUAGGGUUUUGGCGUUUUAGUGGCCACUAUAGUAGUCGAAUUAACGGCCAAUUGAGCGGCUAGAAAUUAGUGGUCACUUCAGGGUUUUACCGUUGUAUUGACCCCUAUAGUAGUAGAAUGAGCGACCACUAAAGUGGCCCCUAUAUAAGUUUAUAUGGUACUACUAGAGCACUGAAACUACUAUAGUAGCCAGUAAAACGCAAAAUAGCGGCUUCCAUAGGGGUGGUUUCAGUGGUCACUUUAGUGUCCUAUUCAUUUAGUCCUUCAGAAAUCUCUUAAGUGGCCACUAGAGUUUUUCUCAGUCACCCACGUCAUUUGGAAGGCAUUUGAAUUAAAAUGACGUCACUGAUUCGAAUUCCAGUCGGCAGCCUUCAGCCACCCGGCGCAGGAUCUUUGCCGCUUGUUGAUUUCAUGCCUCGGUGGACAGGCAAUCAAAUUCCUCACUAUUGCUCAUAUUAGCUCAUCUAGACCCGUCGUGACCACUGGGAAUCGAUUCUGAAGCAGUUCUACAGUUUUCUAUUGGAAGAAUUGGGAGAUACACCCGCGCCGUACACAUUCGAUCAGGUUAUUGCUGUUUAUUGCUCAUGGUAGCCAAGGUUUCAGCUGGAAGAGUCGUAUUUUAUGUAUUUUUCCCUGUCUGCAUUCUUCGUUCUGCCGGGAAUGGGGUGUAUAACGGACGUCGGGUCACCGAAGGUUUGUUGCUCAUGUUAGAAUAGGAUUGCUGAUGUUAGCUAAUUUUAGGAUCGAGAAAAAGCCGAAGAAAAAGUUGUUGCGAUGGCCGAGGAUUUGGUAGCAAUACAUGAGAGGAAUAUUGAGAAACACCCGAAAUUUUUCAGCUUCGAAAAGAUUUUUUGAUUUUUCUGAUAAAGUGACGUCAUCAAAUGUCAGAUGACGUCAUUAAUCCUUUUUCAUUGGAUUUUUCUUUCUGGUACCUAAUUUCCGUGAAUUUUUCAAAUAUUGCUUGGAAGUAGAUGAUAUAUGAAAAUGACGUUUUCUAAAAUUCGAUUUUUUAAUGACGUCAUAGAUCCUGAUAAUUAUCUCAUGACGUCAUAAUAUUCAUCUCAAAUUGAUCGAUAAUUGUACAAUUUUUUUCAUAUUUUUCCCUAUAGGGACUACUUUAUAAACUUUUUUUCUUGUUCUGAAAGAAGAAUUUUUCAUGACUUUUUUUCUUGUUUCAAAGGUUCUGAUGCCUCCAAUUUUUUUAAUCCUUGGCCACUUGAACCUCUUGAAAUCACUCCAGGGGCCACUUGAUGUCACUCUACAUUGCGUCGGAUGGAAUCUUCGGCACCCAUGUACAUAUUAAUGACGUCGAGACGGCUCUGAAAAACUCUCAAGGGACCACUUGCAAAUUCGGGCCCGGAUUAUCAGUGGAGCGCGUUGGAGAAGGAGUGGUUGGCUUUUAAAGAUUUUUCCAGUGAAAAAUUUCGAAAACGAACCUUGAAAAACGAAAAAUUUUUAAAGGAUCAUCAGAAUGGGUCCUGGCACGAAAAGCAAAAUUAUAAAGUUUUCAGGAAAAUUAGGUAGAUUUUACCAUUUUCAAGACUUUGCUCUACGUUUUUCAAUUUUUUGAAUCCGCUGAUUGGUUGGCCACGCCCCUUUUCAGAAGCUUUUUCCCAAAAAUUCUGCUUCAAAAAAAGCCCAGUAAAUAUUUUGAGGGCUUCAUGUCCCGGAUGGCCCUCAUUAGGCCCGAUUGGCAAGGCGAUGACGUCACCAGACUACCGGAAAAGUUUGUCGUCAAGGUUAUCGAUUUUAUUGAUUUUUCGAAAAAUUGAAAAAAUCUAUUUUCUCUGAACCCUCCCUCCAUUUCACACAUUUUGUUUUCAUUUUCCUCCUCCCUUCCCGAUGAGAGAUAAGAGAGCGCAGUCACGUCAGAAAGAUAUUUUUCAGAUUUCGAGCCAAUUAGCGAUGAUUGAAGCAAAUGAGGGAAUUGGUAUCGAAACGAAUGAGGAUACUGUAGAAAUGCCGCACCUGCGUCAGGUUUUUCACCUCUUCAUAAUCAUGUUUACUCAUUGUUGCUCAUCUUACAGCGUCACAAUCUGGAAGUUCACGUCUACGAGCUAUUUGGAAAGCACUAUAACCCCGAUUUGAAGGCUCCUAAAGUUUUUCCUUUCGUCUGACAUGAGCAAUAAUGAGCAGUUUUUCAGAUUUUCGCAUGUAAACGGUUUGAUAAUGAUGCGGAUCUCAAGGGAUUCAUAAUUAUGGAACAUUUUGAGAAUAUUCAUUUGAUGAAUUAUCGCGACGAAGUUCCACUGGACGAUAUUGUCCUGGUUUAGGGAGAAAAUGGCCGCAUUUGGAAUGGCUCGAAGCGUCGCGGUUUUUCGGGCCUUACAAGAUUUUUGCAAAGUUUUUGAAUUUUUUAUGAUGUCAGGUCUGAAAAAAAGCACCGCUUUUCAGAUUAUUUGAUGAAAGAUUUAAAGGCGGAGGGCGGGGCUUAAAAUAUUCCCUUGUGAAGCCCAUUUGAUCAAAGAACCCCCUUGAAAGAUUGAUUUUUCGAUUUUUGAGUGAAGUAGAAAAAAAAAGAACCUCCCUGCGCCUUUAAAUCUGUCAGAAAAAGCCCGUCUCUACUAGUAACUACAUCAUUACAGCGAACUUUGACGCAUAGCUCAACGGCUAGAGGCUUCGUCUAGUAGUCUAGGGGUCGCUGGAUCGAUCCCCAUCAGUUACAAUCUUUUUUUGCCAUUUUCAAAUCAAGUCAAGCUUUCGAAUUUUGAAAGAAAUUUUCAUCCGCAACGCAUUGAGCCAUUCCAAAUUAGGAGGAAUCAAAAAUUAUAUUCCAUUUCCAGGCUCUGAGACCCCUAGCUGCAUUACAAGCGCUCGGAGUCAAAUUAUCAGAAGAACAAAAAGAAUUUCUACCUGUCAGGGAUUUCGCCGAUUACCUUGUCAACUCAUUUUUUGAUGAAAAGGUUUUCCUACGGACUUCUUGACUACAGUAACCUUUUUUCCAGAUGCUUGAAUCGGCUUUCGAGGGAAUCCUCAGCAAAACUCCCGCGCAGGAUCGUGAGAAACUGUCGGAACUGCUGAAAUUCUAUUCGGAUCCUGGAUUUUGUCGCAAAUUGUCCACGUUGCCCGAUUUUUGGGGAAUCCGCCCGGUUUUGGCCCACAACGACAUGUGGCUAAUGAACGCUCUUUGGACCAAAAAAGAGGAUGGUGGUUUUGAGCUGAGAGCGAUUGUUGAUUGGCAGGUGAACUUUUGAAAAAUCGAGAAAAAAAAACAGAAAAAAAAUAGCAAAAAACUUGGGCGCUUGAAGGGAUCGAACCAACAACCCUGAGUUUAUAAGACAGUCUCUCUAACCGUUGAGCUAUGCGCCAUAGAUUCUUGUAAGGAUGUCUUUUAGUGUAAACCGUGUUCAUAGAAAGUUUUGGAAUUGAGAAAACAAUUGGCAAAAAAAUGGCCACUUGAUGGGGAUUGAACCCGAGACCUCUAGAUUAUAAGACAGUCUCUCUAACCGUUGAGCUAUGCGACAUAGAUUCUUGUGAUGAUGUCUUUUAGUCUAAACCGUGUUCAAUGAGGGUUUUAAAUUUUAAAAAACAAAUGACAAAAAAAAAUGACCACUUGAGGGGAUUGAUCGCGGGACCCUGAGAUAUUGAGACCGUCCCUUUAGCCAUUGAGCCAUGCGCCAUAGAUUCUUGUAAUGAUGUUUUUCGUGUAAAGCGUGUUCAUAGAAAGUUUUGGAAUUGAAAAAAAACAAUUGGCAAAAAAAUGGCCACUUGAUGGGGAUUGAACCCGAGACCUCUAGAUUAUAAGAAAGUCUCUCUAGCCAUUGAGCCAUGCGUCAUAGAUUCUUUUAAUGAUUUCUUUUAGUGUAAAGCGUGUUCAUAGGAAGCUUUGGAACUGAAAAAAUAAUUGGCAAAAGAAUUGGCUCUUGAAGGGUUCGAACCAACAACCCUGAGUUUAUACGACAGUCCCUCUAGCCGUUAAGCCACGCCACUUAGCUUGAUGUAAUGAUGUCGUUUCGUGUAAGGCGCGUUUAAGAAAUUGAGAAAAUUAGCAAAAAGCUGGCAAAAAACUUGACCGCUUGAGGGGAUUGAACCCGGGACCCUGAGUUUAUGAGACAAUCUCUCUAGCCGUUGAGCCAUGCGACAUAGCUUAUCGUAAUGAUGUCGUUUCGUGUAAAGCGCGUCAAAAAAAUUUUUUUCUGCAAUGGAAAAAAAUUUUUCUUUAAGCUUUUCGUGAAUACACUUGAAUAUAUAUAUAUAUCACUCUAAAAUUUUUUUGAAAUUUAUUUUAAUAUUUUUUUAGGAAGUUUCACUCACCCAUCCCGUACAAGAUGUCUGCCGAUUUUUUUCAUCACUUUUUUUGGAAGGACAGGUAUUUUAAAAACAUUCCUUCGGAGAAAUUUAUCUUUAAUCUUUUUCAGCAACGACAAAACUGUUGGGAGUGCCUUUUGAGCUAUUUUUACACGUUUCUUGAGAAUGAAUUGGGCGGGAGGAAGGCUCCGUACAGUUUUCAACAGGUGAAACUUCAAGAAAAUCGAGAAAUUUUAUCGUUUCAUUUAUUCAGCUGGUAGAAUGUUACAAAUUUUAUCUUCCAGUCGCGUGUUUUCUAGCCCUGACAGAUUUGGAAUACGAUAAAGGGGUAUGUUUUUUUAUUCAUAUAAAAAUAAAAAAUAAAAAUCCCAGACCACGGAGAUCAAAAAAAGGACCUUCAUCAUCCAAGAUUUAUUCAAAUACCAUCAUAGAAACGUCGAAAAAUACCCGGAUUUCUAUAAAACUGAUUGA